UUGAGCGCAUCAUCAUCUGUCCCUGCUCUUCCUAUUGGACCAAUACUCCCCUCUAUCGAGACAGAUACGGUCUGCUGCAUCUUAAGUUUCCAAGGAUAUCACCCCCGCAAACGCCCCCAAAUCUCACUCACGUCUAUCUAUCCGUGUCGUUAUCUGCCGCUACUCGCCUGUAGGCUAGGCGGCCUUGCAAGACAUUGA